AUGUCUUCAUACGGUUCUUCACCUUCAUCGCCAGUUUCUACAUCCUCUAUUUUGACGGAAGAAAGGUCAACUCGCACGAUGGCAGAUGUAAUAAGGAAAUAUAAGACGGAACAUCUUAUCGACUAUUUGCGGAGGCAGGAGGACUUAGAUCUUAAUGAUUCUCAUUCCAAUAUUUUGCGUAAGGAGAAGAUUUUUGGUUGUGACUUUCUUGAGACAACCAAAGAAGAAUUUCGUAGUUAUGGUUUGAAGGGGGCCCAAGCAAAACGUCUCGCAGAUUUUGCCGAAGAAAUUCAGGAACAAAAGAUACGAAGCUUCUCGUCAUACAAAACGUUGGAAGAGUUAAAGGACGUGCUCCCAAAUACAAGGUCAAUGGUGAGGAUAUUACGAGCAUCAAACAAUUUAAUCCGGGAUAUUAAACAACUUGAAAGUUUGUUCCAUAUGAAUAAGAAGAAGCGAACGGCUGAUGAGGCAUUCAAGAACGAGGAUUACGACCAUCUAUAUGGAUUGUGUCAACAGGUGCGGAUUGGCAUUUUAUCAUGUUCACUUCCACUUCCGAAGGAAUUUUGUACAAGCAAUAGUGAAUAUCAAAUAAAAAAGCACUUAAAGGAAAUCUGA